AUGUCCCGAUGGCCUCGGAGAUGGGCUCGGCCUCGCUGGGUGCUCCUGCUCCUCUUGGGCUUCCUGCUCCUGGUGACUCACGCAUGGCUUACCACAGAGGGAAAUGACCUCGCUGACCAAAACAUCAUGGCUGAGUACUUCCCCGCCACCGUGGAGUAUGCCUUGCACUCCUUCAACCUGCAGAGCAGGGACACUCACGCCUACAGGCUGGUUCGCAUCCUGAGGGCCUGGAAGGAAAAGUUGGAUUCCAUGCUGGCUUUCUCCAUGGAGCUGGAGCUGCGCCAGACCAGGUGUGGGAAAUUUGAAGAGGACAUUGACAACUGCCCCUUCCAGGAAAGCCCAGAGGUGAGCAAUGGGAGGCACGGAACGCUCAGCUGCUUCUUCACCGUCAGCACCCAGCCCUGGAGAACCAAGUUUGAUCUGCUGAACAGCACCUGUGAGGAGGGCGUCCCGGACUCCUGA